UAAUGCACCGCGGCCCGCCAAAUGUCUGUUCAGGCACACGACAUGAGUAAGAUGUAAAGUUAUUAAGUCAAGGAGCCACAGGGCCACGCCUCUUUCUCUCUUUCUCUCUCCACUUUGUUGCGGGAGCCAGAUUGCUGAUCAGCUGCUAUACUGGAUCAAUAUCCGCCGAGCCGAAACGAAGGCAACCCGGUUGCUUGUUGAAUCGAGGGUGGGAGACAGGGAAAGCAAGGCUCGGCCGAGGGGAGAGAGUCUGUCGAUGCGUCCAAACGAUCCCCACAGAAAACCGGCUUCUGGAAAUUGGGUAACGGGAGAAGAUCUUUGACGCUUUAUAUCAUCGCCAUCAUCAACUGACGGGCUGACGAGGGACUGACGAAACAAACAAACAAAAGAAGCACCAGAGGCACCAGAGGCCACCCCCCGCCUGGCGAAUCCACCCACGACGUAGUAAAAGGAAGCGCCUGGCGAGCCUGGGACUUUGUUACCCACCGAGCCUAAGGCCCUAAGCUGCUUCGGAAGCACCUGAGGCCUUUUACCUUGGUUCUCCGGGCCGGGCGUGCCACUCACUGCUGGCUGUCCGCGUGUCAUUUAUCCCAAUCAUCUCAUCCUCAAUCAUCAUCAUCCAUCGUCCCGGUCUCCCCCAGCAUCCUAGGGCCACAAUAUCUCACUGGAUCACUGCCCUGAAAAACCCCCCGGCUGUCUCACUCUGGUCAGUGAGCAACACCUCCCAUCAGCUCGGUUGGGCUCCCUUCAUCUCGACUCUUCUCUGCUAUAUCACACACACACACACACACAACAAAAGCAAUGCGCCAAUGACACCCAAGAGGGUCAUUCCGGUAGACGGCACACCCUGAACCCCGACUAGUCCAAUACGCUGCAAUUCUCCAUUCAGCUGAAUGGUUGCUGCUGCCACAUUAGGUGCGUUCUCUCCACGCCUCCAAAGCCAAGCGCAAAAGCAGGUCAGAGUUCAAAGCUCGUUCCCAAUUCAAUCAGAGUUGCGGGUUUGGGGAAUCAAACUUGAAGUUGGCACUACAGACUUGCUCACUCCCCCUCCCACGGUUAAUCCUGCUGCUUGCCACGGAUUGCCCUACUACCAUCGAUUACAUCUUCCGUCCCUCCUUCUGUGCUGCUCUACCAACGAAUCUGACAACGAUCAAUUACAGUUGCCUCGAGUCACCCAAGCCGCCGCAUUCGUCUUGCUCAUCCUCCCUGACAAGUUCUAUAUCUUCUGUUCCGCUUGUCACCACCACAUACUCAAAUCAUCCUAUUGCCUCUAGUCGCUCGCGAAGCUGGCUUUCUCACGCGAACACGCAAAACGAUUCUUCAGACUCAACCUCCCUACGGUCGCUCCACAGCCGGUUCCUCUUCAUCCGGUAGUGUCUGAUCGAGUGUACCGACGAAGAAGCUCAGCGGGAACGGAGGACAUGGUGUUCGCCGACGUUGGCAGGCGUUCACCCGAACGACGGGGGAGGAGUCCCAGCGUGGUCAGCGGUAUAAGCCAUCGAUCGAGACACAACAGCAGUGCCCGGACUGCUCCUGCUCAACCGCCCUCCCCCGAGACACACCCUGCCGCGAACAUCACCCUACUCGCAGAUGAGAAGCCCGUUGCAAGUGGCAAUGGCGUCUCCGUUUCCAUCGCUCUGGCGGAGCCAGUCUUGUUUCUGCAGGGCUUCGAUCCUAACGACCCAUCUACUCAUAGCACCACUAUGCUCCGUGGGAGUCUUCUCUUGAGAGUACAAAAGCAGGCAAAACUGAAAUCAAUAUCUCUGAAUUUCCGGGGCAAGUCAGAGACGGAAUGGCCGGAAGGAAUACCUCCAAAGCGUGUCGAAUUCCGAGACACCACCACAAUCAUGAACCAUACGUGGUCCUUCUUCAACGCUCAGAUUCCCCAAGCCGAAUACAGCUAUGGUGCAGAUAUUGUCCAGCUCUCCAAGGGCGCCUCGGUGGAGUCGAAAGAAGUUGGCGUUACAGCAUCGUCAUUUGACCUCUUUCAGCGUAGUGCCUCACCCGCCAAAGGGCACCCGACUACCCGCGAUUUGAAGCGGCUGUCCCUCCAGGCAAAUCAUUCGAGGAGUUUCGGUAAAGGGGACACAAUCAAUGGAGGACCGACCGUCGCCCAAAGGGGAUUUAAAGUGUUCCAUCCCGGUGAUUAUGUCUACAAUUUCGAACUUCCACUCGACUCGAGGUUACCAGAAUCAAUCAGUGUCGAUCUCGGCCACGUCAAGUAUGAGCUGGAGGCCCUUGUCGAGCGUUCCGGAGCCUUCCGUGCUAAUUUGGUGGGCACGAAGGAGUUGACAUUGAUCCGAGCACCCGCCGAGGGGUCCCUGGAACAGGUCGAACCCAUUGCCAUUUCUCGGAAUUGGGAGGACCAGUUACACUAUGAUAUUGUGAUUUCUGGGAAAUCGUUCCCACUCGGCUCGACGGUGCCCAUUGCUUUCAAAUUGACUCCCCUCGCCAAGGUCCAAUGCCAUAGGAUCAAAGUUUUCGUGACGGAGAACAUACAAUAUUUUACAAAUAACAAAAAGGUACACAGGCUGGAACCGACGAGAAAGGUGCAACUUUUUGAAAAACGAGCCGACGGACAUAGUGUGACCUCCUACCCGGGAAGUUCAAUGCGGAUUCUCGCGGGCGGUGGCGUCCCCUAUGACUAUCGCCAACAGGCAGCUGCCGGUGAUGAAGAUAUCCCUAGAGACCAAACAAACUUGCUCGGCAACCUGGAUAAUGACGCCGGAAGUAUUGGUCCCACUGAGAUGGAGUUCAACGUGCAACUGCCGAGCUGUCAUCAGAUGAAGGACAAACUACGAAGCGAGCGAUUACAUUUUGACACCACAUACUCUAAUAUUCAGGUGAACCAUUGGAUCAAGAUUGUGAUGCGACUCUCUCGACCUGAUGAGAACGAUUCCACCAAACGGCGUCAUUUUGAGAUCUCCAUUGAUUCUCCCUUCAACAUUCUUUCUUGUCGCGCAACACAGGCAAAUAUCUCACUUCCUGCCUAUAGUGCCGGUGGAGGUAUUCCCACCUCUACUGACGAGUUCGAGUGCGGAUGCCCAGGCGCUGCAAUCAGAAGACGAAAUACGCCGCCUAUAUCCCAAAGUCGGAUUCAAUCUGUUAAUAAUUCAACAGAUUUCGGUGCUCCAGCACCCGGGGUGAGCCGAAGUUGGACGAACGACACAGGUGGCUUAACGAUGCCUACGCAAGCACACGUACACAACGACCCCAAUGCUGGACAAUCAAGACCCAUACAUUUACUGAGGAGUCCCUCAUUCAACCCGCCGGCUUUUGACGAGGACGAGCCACCCCCACCUUUGGUCACUCCGCCUCCCUUGUACGAUAACAUUGUUCCUGGGGACUCGACAAGCGCAUUAGCGGAUUAUUUUGCUCGUCUUGCAGAUGAGACUUCUGACGAAGACGAUCGCUUGGAUCGAUCACGUGUAGAUUAUCCCCUUACUCCUGGCGGCCGAGUGAACAGGAGUAUGGAUAUUCCGAGGAACUGGAUGCCACUGGGCGCAGGAGCCAACGCCGAGUCGACUCCAUCAGGACUGGCGUCCUCGACGUCAGUAGCAAAUUGAGGGAUUCACUUCUUACUGUGGUGACCACCCAAAAUGGUAUGAUUAAUGAAAACGGAGGAAUUUAUCACGAUUUUUGCGAAUUGCAUCUACGCCAGCGGGACCUCGAUGUUUGGACCAAAGUCAGGUUGGAACUGUAAGCAGAAAGGUGUUAACGAGAUUGGAUGAACUCAUGAGGGCAAUAGGCAGAAUUUCUUCUCGGGGUGUUGGCAGGAAAAGAUUCUCUUACGAUCUGUCCGUGGCAGUCGAGUAGCAAACUUUUGCAUUUAUUGUGUUUAGUGCCCAAAUUGGACCUCAAUUGAUGCCUUUGGUUUUAUCACCACAAUCUCCAAAUGAUUCAAUAACCUG